CAAUCUCUUCUUUAGGAAACUAAAGCAAUAAAUAAAUGUGUAUAAUAAUCCACUCAACAGCGUAUAAUAAUACGUAGUACUCAAAGGAUCCGUUUUCUCUCCCCCUGUUUGGAUUCAAACCGACUCAAAGCGCAUUCGCGAAGAAAUCAUCCACAGCUUCAAUUCAUCGGAAAUGUCGUCUACUCCGGUGCCUCCCAGCUCCGCUUACCUCACAGCUCUCACCAUGGAAAUCGAGAAGAAGCUUCAUCGAGCAGUGACUAUGCCGACUCAGAGGCUUGAUUCAUUGCAAGAGCUAUUUGCUGACAUAGCUUUGGAAGUUGAUGAUCGAGCAAGAGACAUAAUUUUCAGCAGUGAAAGUGCAAUAUCUGCAGCUGAGGAAAGGACUAAAGGCCCAAUUUGCUACUUCAAUGUGCUUGCUGACCAUUUUGUUCGUGUUCACCACAGCGGAAAACCAAUCCUUAAUCUAAUUGUUCAGCUAUGGAGCCAGUCCUUUGCUUGUCACAUAUUUUCUCUCUUGUUUCACAAAUGGCUUUUUGAGGUUGAGCUAGACAAUUCUGAAUCAUUGAUUCGGUACUCUUCUGCGCUUGUUCAAGGUGCAACCAAUGUAUUCUGGAUUGAUGUUCAAUCAAACACGAAAUGCUUUCAGAGUCUCUUUAUGUAUCUGAUUGAGGAAGUUUCGCUUGUUCCAGAACGGUUAAAGAAGAUACCGUUGCAGGCGCAACGGGAUUUGUUCCUCCUCCUUUCACGCUUCAUAUUCUUUUACGGCUUAGUUGACAAACUAGAAAGCUUCUUUAACCAAUUUCCUGAUUUUCCGAAUGCUCUCUUUGUUGGUGGUCCAGCUGAUUUUUUUGUUACUGAAUUAGCUGAUCAGCUUCAGAAACUGAAAGUUGAGCCAGUACUACUGCAUUACCUUUCCCAGAUGAAAGUUCUUAGAGGGUUAGAAUUGAGAAUGACAACAAGUACAAGGCUUAGGACUUGCUUGUAUAGCUUCACAAGCCCAGGUGCUCCUAUGUAUCCAACAAGAGCAGUCCGCCAUGCCACGUGGGAGGCAUUAGAUUUUCUUUUUCCGGUCGGUCGGUAUCCACGGCACCUGAUAAGCAUAUUCUUUCGGUUGCUACACCCAUGGUACUGGCCCUCCUCUUUUUGGAACUUCAUAAAGUCGUGUAUUUUAGCAGUGUUAUAUUUGGUAUCAAGUUUUGUUUUCUCUAGUUGGGAUAAGCUAGCAAAAUUUAAAGAAUGAUAGACUGGGGCAAACUGCUCAGCUGUUGUAAAUCUGUAAAUGUGUAUCUCAUAGUCAGAGUUUCAAGAAAGAGUUACAGAUUCAACCUCCACAUUCCACCCACAGCUCGUCUAAACGUGAUAAAAUAUAGCCAAGAGUAAAUCCAACUUGAUAAUAAGAAUGAACACUCGAUCUUGCAUGUUGGUUUCUUAUUUCAUACUCCGUGUUUCGUUUAAAGAGUGUGAAACCAGGGUCACCAUACUAUAAAAUUGAAUAUUCUGCAUUAAGUUUCGUUUAUCCAUCGAUUUACACUAAUAUAAUAACUGAACGCCUAAACGUGCAUGAAUGAUGAACAAAUGUGGAAAGUUGCAUGUUUGCAUUGGAGGUUAGUGUCGUGAUUCACUUGGAGUAUGUCAACUGGAUAUCUGUAUAGUCUUAAUUGUAAGCGGUAUAUAGUACAUGUGGACUCCAUCGCUUUCUGUUGUGUGGAUUGUCACACUGAAAUUGUAACGUUUUGGGCUUUAAACACUGGACUAGUAUGAUGUGAAGAGUGGACUAGUGGAGGGUGGAUGGAAUAGAUCAAUUUCUAUGUCCAAAAUGUAUUGCCAUUAAUGUGUAUUUGUACGAAGUAUUUUUUAUGUGUAUUUUGU